AUGCUAAACAAUGUGUCGGAAACAGCUGAUGGACCGGACAAUAACAACAGCGCCAUUCUGACUCUAAAUAAAACCUCAGAAGAUAAACUUGUUUACCCAACUGUUGAUUCUCGCACCAGUUUUGCCAUGAAUGUAAAACCUGGCGAAUGCAGUAACGAUCAACCAGUAGAUGAAUCGAACACUGUUUCUUUGAUGACGGAGAUUGCUCCAAAAGAUGAAAGCGAGGGUGUCAGCUUAAAGUUCACAGGGAUAAAACGUGACGGCGAGGUGUGCAAUGAGACGUGGCUGGACGCUUGCCAGUUCCUGGCAGGUGAAGAGAACGGUGGUGCUAUUUUUGACAAGUGCCGUCGUUCUCUCUCUUCCAGCCCCCCCGAGGCCGAACCAGACUACACAAAAGCCUCGUGUGUCCUCAACAGGGACAACAUUUCAAUUGACCAGCAAGCUGAGAACUGGGAUCUGUUUCCAUCUGUCGAGAGAUGGUCAUCUACGGACAGCUGGGCUAGUGCACUUUCAGAUUGGUUUCAGACAGUUAGCACCUAUACAGAAGAUUCUUUCACUGGCACCAACACUUUGAGUGCCGACUCAAAGCUCGGGAUGGCGAUCCAAGACACCGCUGUGGAGCAGAGGACAAGCCCAGAUAUUACAAACCUCGGUGGACAGACAUGUAUGUCCCUGAAACCAGCAAAUGAUGAAGCCCUGGAAAAAGAAGUGGUAAAAAAGGGAAACGAUGAUUCUUUUCGAUCAAAUUCAGACAGACAGACAAAUGUGAUUGUGGAGGAUGAAGUUAAUUUGCCACAGCCUCUUAUUGAGAGUGUUUCUCACGUACCAGAGAUGAAAACCGUACUGGAUGCUUUAAAUGUAGAAAUGACCCCCAGGUCUCCUGAAAAUGAGUUUGAUGUUAAACAAUGUGGAAGUCAGCACAUCUCUGGAGAGCUUUGGAGUGCAAAGUCGGAGGGAGAUGCACUGGUUUCCCACCUUGGGUUGGACAUUGAAAGCGGUUCUGUUGCGCAGAGGAUCUCAGCUAACACCAGCGACAAGAAUCUUACGGCUGGGUGUGUGAGUGGCGAGGCACGUCACAGAUCCGACGCUGAUUUUCACACAUGUUCCUCUCAUUCCAAUGAUCAUGUGUCUUUCUUGAAACACACACAAGGUGUGGAGACAGAUGAGAAGUCUAUAUCAUGUUCCUUCAUUGAGGGUUCAAACAUUGUGGACUUUACUGUGAAGCCAAAAGAGAGAAGAGAUACAGUUACAGAGUUUAUUAUGCCAUUUGACCCACUUGGUACUGGAAAUAAUUUUCUCCAUCAUGGUGUAUUUAAAGAAGACAUUGCACACGUUGGUGUAGACGUUCCUAUCCAAGGGAUUUUUAAUGAUGAAAUCUGCCAUAAGCCAUCUAUCAAAAACAGUCGUAACUCAAAUGAUAGUCAUGAUUCUUCUAAAGGCCGCUUCCCAGACCACUCUUCAUCUUGUGAAGAUUCAGAUGGGAUAAAGGACUCUAAGAGAAACCAAUGUGACAUCAUCACUAAAGAGCUUUCAAACUUCAUUUUACUAACGGGAGAGCAUUUUAUGGUGUCUAAGACAAACCACAUUGCAUAUGUCAGUCUAGACUUGCAUGAACCCGGAGAUUUGAAUCAUGUGUUUUUUUCGAACCAUGUGAAUUCUCAAAGGCAAAAUUGCAGUGCCGCACAAGUGAAAAAAGACAAAAUGCCUCACAAAACCUCAUCGGAUGGCAAAGGUCGCUCAAAGCAUAAGGAGAUAUCGGCUGACCAGCAGCAUGGGAUUCAUACAUCAAAACAUCAAGAGAAACCACCAUCCCAAGAGAAAAGUCAAGUCAACUCAGAAGAAGCAGGUUGUGGGGGUCGGGAAGUUACUGAAGUUGUUGUCAGAGCGGAGAAAAUAACUCCUAAAACCCAGGGGAAGAAGAAGAAGAAGCACGCACACAAUGGGACAGCAAAACAUGAGACUGAUCCACCCGCUGAAGUAAGAAACAGAACCGUUCAGAAGAAUGCUAAUAGCAAAGUUGAAAACAUUGAAGCGAAGGUGGCUUCAAAUGGUCUAGCAUCUCAUCUUUCCACCAAGGUGGACACUGCCAACAAAAACAGCACACAGAAACCAAUGUCAGUGAGACCCAAAGUAGGGCCAAACUGUACCAUUGUUGCCAAGAUGGACACGGACACAAGUCAGAAAACUAUUCCUGUUAAAGCGAAAGCAGAAACAAGUGGAAAUACUGUGGCAAAGAUUGACAUGUCCAACACGGACAUGAGUCAGAAAACCAUCCUUGUAAAACAUAUCAAAGAUAAAAGUCAAAAUAAUGUGACCAAGAUGGACACCUCCAACACGGACACAAGUCAGAAAACCAUACUUGUAAAACCUAUAGAAGAUAAAAGUCGAAAUAAUGUGGCCAAGAUGGACACGUCCAAAAUGGACACCAGUCAGAAAACCAUGCCUGUUAAGCCUAUUGAAGAUAAAAGUCGAAGUAAUGUGGCUAAGAUGGACACGUCCAACACAGGCACAAGUCAGAAAACUAUCCCUUAUAAACCGAAAGCAGAACCAAGUGGAAAUAAAAUGGCAAAGAUGGACACGUCCAACACAGACAUGACUCAGAAAUCCAUCCUUGUUAAACAUAUAGAAGAUAAAAGUCUAAAUAAUGUGACCAAGAUGGACACGUCCAAAAUGGACACCAGUCAAAAAACCAUGCCUGUUAAGCCUAUUGAAGAUAAAAGUCAAAAUAAUGUUGCCAAAGUGGUACAACUCAACAAAGACACCAGUGAGAAAACCAUCCCUAUCAAAUCUAUAGUGGACAUAAGUGCAACUAAUGUAGCCAAGUUGGACCCCAUUCAGAAAGCCAUCCCUGUUAAAUCUUUAAGAGAUAAAAGUGGAACUACUGUGGCCAAGAAGGGCACGUCCAAUAUGGACACCAAUCAGAAAACCAUCCCUGUUAAAUCUAAAGCAGACACGAGUGGAAAUAAUGUGGCUAAGUUGGAAAACAAGACAUGUAGUUCAGAACCACAGAGCACAUGUUUAUCUGGCACGAUAAAUGAUGACAUCAAGCGUAGGCGAAUCGCAAACGACCAGUCAGGAACAAUCCUGAUGAAGAUUAGACCUCAACUGCCCGCAAUCUUUCGCCAAGCAAGAAAGGAUGAAGAUGUUACCCGAAGACCAUACAGUGAAGUUGCCAAGCAGAAGACUCCAACACCAAAAGAAGUUGUGGUUCCUCAUGUACAAUCGGAGAUCCAGGUUGAUCCCGUCCCUGCUGAACCUCAAAACAUCUCACUGUGGUGCCGGUUUAACCAAGUUCCACCUGAUGCUACUAUUAAGUGGACUAAGGAAGGAACAGUAUUGACAGAGAACAAGAAAGGUGAAGGGGACGAUGAGCGAUUUACAUUGACCAUUCUGAAGGCCUGCAGUAAAGACCUUGGACUGUACAAAUGUACCCUGAGUACCUCCAACAUCUCCGUGUCCACAUCAGAGUAUCACCUCACGUCUGAGGUUCUUAUGGAACUUGUCAUCCCAAGUCACGAUCAACCAGCCGAGCCCAGGAUUGUGCAAGGAGAUGAAGAAAACAUCCAGUGUAGCCCGCUUCUGUUUAAAGAAGAUUUCCUGUCGGAUCAGUACUUUGGGGAAAAUCAGCCUGCGAGUAUUGUAACAGAGAAGCUCCAUUUUGGUGAAGGAAUGCACCGGAAAGCCUUCAGAACAACUCUGAGAGCAAGCAAGCUGCCACGCUUCAACCCCGGCCAUCCCUGCGUCCUGAAAGUCCACAAUUCCAUUGGCUACGGGACCAAAAGCAAUGACGAGCUUGUACAGAGGAACUACAGCCUAGCUGUGGAGGAAUGUCAUGUGCAGAAUACUGCCAGGGAAUAUAUAAAAGCGUAUCAUAGUGUGGCAAAGUCUGCAGAAUCAUUCGGAGAGGUGCCAGAGAUCAUCCCUAUUUAUCUGGUUCACCGGCCAUCCAAUGAGAUCCCUUACGCCACCCUUGAAGAGGAGCUGCUGGGAGAUUUUGUGAAGUAUUCAGUGAAGGAUGGGAAGGAGAUCAACCUGAUCCGCAAGGACUCGGAGGCGGGACAGAAAUGCUGUGCGUUUCAGCAUUGGGUUUACACUCAGACCGAAGGAAACCUGCUCGUCACGGAUAUGCAGGGUGUUGGUAUGAAGCUGACAGAUGUUGGCAUUGCCACCUGUAAGAAAGGCUAUAAAGGAUUCCGAGGGAAUUGUGCCACAUCCUUCAUUGACCAGUUUAAAGCAUUGCACCAGUGUAACAAAUACUGUGAAUUAUUAGGCUUGAAGUCGCUACAACCCAAGCCGAAGCAGACUGUUCAACCUAAACCAAAAGCACAACCUGGACCCAAGAAAAAUCCAUUUGGCUCCGUGCUGAAAGGCAAAUCCUGAUCAGAGGCAACCCUGAACAUUUGCUUUCUGGGUAAAUUGAGUUAAAAGACACAUUAGGACUUUGCUCAGGGACAAAUAUGUUUCUGAGAUUUCACUUUAAACCUAUGAAUGAGAUGAUAUUCAUCUGUAAAGAAAUCAGAGAAGAUGAUGUUUUGUUGAAAAUGUUAUUAUAUUCUGAAAGAGAUCUUUGCUUAUUUUUAUAAUUUAUUUUCUUUCUUUCUUUUUUUCUUUCUUUCUUUCUUUCUUUCUUUCUUUCUUUCUUUCUUUCUUUCUUUCUUUCAAUAACAAAAAUUAUUUUGUUAUAACUAGCCUUAAACAGAUUUUGUAAUUGAUUUAAAAAUAGAGUGUGUUAUUUAAAUUUUUCAAUCAUUUUGUAUGUUAAAAUAUAAUUUUUAUUGUGUCAUCUUUUGACAGAUUUUUGACGUUAUUUAAAUAUCUUUAUAGCUGCCUGCUGGUGUUUGUAAGAUAAAGAUGAUAGUUUAUAUACUGUAAUAGCAAAGAACAGGAAAUUCUUGUUAAUGAUGGCCCAUUGUCAUGUGCAAUUAAAGUACUUAAAGCGGUGGUAUCCUGGACAGGGUGUAGAUUAGCCACUGCAAAAAAUGAUUUUCAAGAAAAAUUUCUUAGUACUUUUGUCUUGUUUUCAGUAAAAGUAUCUAAAAAUGAUUAAAUUAAAAUGCUUUUUCUUGAUGAGCAAAACAACCCAAGAAAAUAAAUCUAGUUUUUAGACCAAAAAUAUCAAAUUUAAGUGAUUUUGUGCAUAAAACAAGCAAAAAAAAUCUGCCAAUGGGGUAAGCAAAAAAAUCUUGAACAUUUUUCUUAAACACUUAAUUCAAGAAAAAGUCAAGAAAAAUUUGCUUAUCCCACUGGCAGAUUAUUAUUUUUUUUUUUGCUUAUUAUAUGCACAAAAUCACUUAAAUUUGAUAUUUUUGGUCUAAAAACUAGACUUAUUUUCUUGGGUCGUUUUUACUCAUCAAGCAUCUUAAUUUAAGAAUUUUUUUAGAUAUUUUUACUGAAAACAAGACAAAAAUACUAAGAAUUUUUUUCUUGAAAAACCUUUUAUUGCAGUAUAGUUAUUUUAGGACAUUUAACCAGUUUUUACAAACAAAAACCAUUUUCUGAUUAACACAAAAUAAGAUAUUUUGAUAAUGAAAACCAUACAACUGAUUGUAACCAUCAGUCCCUUUCACACAUACAGUCUUUACGGUAAUUUACUGGUAAAUUGCAGUUAACAAGUCAUUUGUGAUCAGAACUUUUCCGGUAAAUCAGUGCUGCCAAUUUACCAGUAAGAGAGGUUGUAUGAUUACCAGUAAUUUACCGGUAAGCGCUAUGUGUACAAAAUAUAGAUCACCGCCAUUUAAAACGGACGAAAUCAGACCGCGCUAGCUUCGGGCCAAUCAUAACGUUUUUAUACCGAUGACGCGUUUAUCCGCGCACUGUUUACGGACGUUUCCACACACACGCUGCUUAAAAGUCGCACAUUUCUUCAUCAAAGUUGUUUAAAACAGUUAACCAUCUAUUUGCCGAAUUGCCGACGUCCUUAGCAUACCCUCUGUGAAGCCUAAUGUGCAAACGCAGGUUCCGUUUGACGUCGUGUAACGCAAUGUUGUCUGGUCACGAGCAACUUCGCGACCCUCAGCGUUUGCCACAGAUGUGAAAACAACAAAAUACGGAUGUGGAUAUGAAGUCAUAACUCGCCAAUGUUUACAAAUACAACACUGAGCUCCCCGGCCACGCGCCACAGGUAACUUCCGCUUUCUCUCCGAGUUCACCGGUAUUUUUGAAACUGAUCUGUGAGUGAUGUUUUACUGGUAAUAAGACGGAACGUCGUUUCGUGUGUAAACAGCACAUAUUUUGUAUUUACUGGUAAAUUCAUUCGGGUAAAUUCAUGGUAAUUUAACGAAAUUACUGUGUGAAAGAGGCUAUUGAGUUCCAUUGUAGGAAAAACAGAUACAAUGGAAUUUAACCGUGUGCUUACCAUCAUUUAUCAAAAUAUUUUCUUCAUUAGCCUAUUUAUCACAAUACUUCCAUAAUUAUUUGUUUUCCUACCAUGGAAGUCAGUGUUUACACUCUGCUUUGUGCUUACCAUCAUUUAUCAAAAUAUCAUAUUUUGUGUUCAUCAAGAUAAAAAAAGCGUAAAUGAUGACAGAAUUUUCAUUUUUUGGUGAACUAUCCCUUUUAGCCCUGCAUGGGAAACCACCCCAAGUAUAUUUAAACUUAAUCCUUAUACUACUAAGAAUUUAGGUCAAUGUCAAAAAGUGUCCCAGUUUACCUAAAUUCAAUUUUACUGUUAAAGGUGAAAGACUACUGACUAUGAGUUAGAAUUGAAAUUGCAAUAUGAAUGCUCAUUUAAAUACAUGUUUUACAUGGUUAUGGACUAGAUUAAAAGUCCUUUAAAAAUAUGCAUUUUAUAAACUUUGACUAAGAAUCACUGCUUAAAAAAUAUUCAGUGACCUUGUGCACAGCACUGUCAACCAUAUGAUGUUUUGUUUGUGUAUAAAGUCAAGCUAUGCCGUAUGUCUCGCAUGAGAAUGAUGGCAUCUGUAUGAUAUGGUAUUAAAUCUGAUGCGAUGGAACAAUCUGUACACGUGGCCAAGUAAACAGCUGCUGAAUUGCCUUUGCAAGAAUGUCAAGCCCUCCACCUUCACCUCAUCAUCAUCCAAAGUCAAAUGACUACAGUAUUGAAUCAUUACUAUAUAUAAAUACACACACAUUUUCAAAGCAAUGUAGAAUAUGUCCUCUUAUUUAUUCGCUGCGUGGGCUGCUAACAUGCAUCACCUAAAAAAUGUGAAUUGUUUGCACGAUAUGUAAUUUACAAUGUAAUUCAUGCAAAUCUGUAUUGUAUAGCUCUAGAGUCUUAUCACUAUACAGGUAGUUGUAGCAUACUGACAUAUAUAUGGGUUAUCAGAAGUCCUUAUGUGUUGAUUUUUCGAUAUCCUAUGAUCUAUAUAUUUUGUUUAUUGGAUCUGUACUUCCUGAGAUAUUGAGAAAAAUCGUAAACAUUUGAUUUUUGGUCAUUGAAUUCACUUUAUUAAAAUCACCUAAACAUU